ACUUGUCAGAUUUGUCACAACUCUUUGUGGAUGGUGAAUUCAUGAAUAGAAAAUAAAUUCGUAUUUUUCUUUUAUAAAUUAACACGUAAUUACAAAAUAUACAAUACUGGAUAAUUUAUUACCAAGAUUAUGGUAUUAGGCCUUCAACUAAAAGUGAUUUUUUCGAAAAAUUAUGUUUGAAUGGCGUAAAUAAUAAAUAAAAAGACAUAAUGUGGUCGUUUUUCUCUCGGGAUCCUACUAAGGAUUUUCCUUACGAAAUAGGAGAUCCCGUGCCUGGAUUAGAAGAUAGAAGUGUGUGGACUUUACAUAAAGGAAAGAAAAGAGGCACACAGGAUGAAGUGUCUAUAUUUUUAUUCGAUGUUCAGAAGAGUUCGGAAACACUGUUCGAUAUUGCUAAGGCCUCCCUAAAGAAACUGAAGACUAUGCGACAUCCUAGCCUUUUACAUUACUUAGAUAGCUGUGAAACUGAGAAAUUUUUAUAUGUAGCAACUGAAUAUAUAGAACCUUUAGCCACACACAUAGAAGAUUCUAAAUUGGAAGGUCCCCAGAAAGAGCUAUUUCUUGCUUGGGGUAUAUUUCAAAUAACUAGAGCAUUAUCAUUUUUAAAUAAUGAUGGCAAUAUGAGGCAUAAUAAUGUCUGCCUAUACUCCGUGUUUGUGACUUUAGCUGGAGAAUGGAAACUCGGUGGAUUUGAGUUUCUGACGGCUCAGGGGCAAGACACUGGAAACCCUAUACCUAUGAAAAUAUUACCAGCCCUUGAAAUAUAUGACCCGCCAGAGAAAAAUGACCCUGUUAAACUUAAAACCAUCACUAAGUGUUCAUCAGAUAUGUGGAGUCUAGGUUGUUUAAUAUGGGAAGCGUAUAACGGACCACUAAAAAACCAGCCAGCACUGAAAACUACUGACAACAUUCCAAAACAACUGUGCACUCUGUACUGUGAGCUGGUCAGUGCAAACCCUGUCUCCAGACCAAACCCUGCUGAUAUUAUUACAAGGUGUAGAAAACCUGGUGGCUACUUCAAGAAUGAUCUGAUAGAUACAAUGCUGUUUCUUGAGGAGAUACAAAUUAAAGAUAAAGUUGAGAAGGGGAAGUUCUUCUCAACAUUAAGCUCUUAUCUGGACAACUUCCCUGAAGCUGUGUGUGUUCAUAAAAUACUGCCGCAGUUGAUGACAGCCUUCCAUUAUGGAGAUGCUGGGUCUGCUGUGCUGGCUCCUAUGUUUAAGUUGGGUAAACUCUUAGACGAUGCAGACUACCAGAAACAGAUAGUGCCGUGUGUAGUGAAACUGUUCGCGUCGAACGACAGGACGACGCGAUCCCGACUGUUGCAGCAAUUGGACCAGUUUAUUAUGCAUUUACAGAAUGCCACUGUAAAUGACCAAAUAUUUCCUCAAGUGGUUCAUGGUUUUAUGGACACGAACCCUACAAUUAGGGAGCAGACAGUCAAGUCGAUAGUCCACCUCUCGUCCAAGCUGAACUACAACAACCUGAACGUGGAAGUUCUCCGACACUUCGCCAGGUUGCAGGCUAAAGACGACCAGGGCGGUAUACGGACAAACACAACAGUAUGUCUAGGCAAGAUUGCUCAGCACUUGCACCCUCAGAUACGUCAGAAGGUCCUAGUGUCAGCGUUCGUGCGAGCCACCCGUGACGCUUUCCCGCCGGCGCGUCAGGCCGGCGUGCUGGCGCUAGCGGCUACCCAACAGUACUUCUUGUUAGCAGAAGUCGCGAACAGGAUACUGCCGGCGCUAUGCCCCUUGACUGCUGAUCCCGAGAAACAAGUUCGUGACGCCACUUUUAGAACUAUAAAGGGUUUCCUUGGUAAAUUAGAAAAAGUGUCGGAAGAUCCAAGUCUGAAGGAAGGAAUGGAGGCGGACGUCCACACAGCAACUCCGUCGCUUAGCAACGCGGCGGCGACAUGGGCUGGCUGGGCCGUGACGGCGGUAACCGCUAAGUUCUACCGCUCACACUCUGACACCGCGCGAGUGGCACACUCUUCUAAAUCUGUACUGUCCAAGCCUGGAUCUCUUGAACAACCGUCAUCGAGCAGUAUGUCCACAACUACAUCAUCAGUGACCUCGAUGACGUCACUGGAGCACAGCGAGUCCGCGUCGGACUACGACCCGGAUCACUGGGACAUGGCCGCGUGGGGAGAAAUCGACUCUAGCGCAGUGUUGUCAUCGGCGACCGGCGCAAGCGCAAAGUCCCCGCCGAGCAGCGGCAGCGCGCAGGCCACGCCCGCACUCGCCGCGCUCUGCGAGGACGACUGGGACAACGAGGAGUGGGGCACGUUGCAGGAACAGCCGUGCGCAGAAGCGGAGCUGGCGAGUCCAUCAGAGACUUGGAACAACUCUCAGUGGACGGACCCGGCGCUGAACAACGCGAACGCUACGUACGUGCGCGGCGGACGCUUGGAGCAUCGCCCCACUGCUCACCAGAACAGUAACGACUCGCUCGGCGGCUGGGAGGAUAGCGAGUUCGAACCUAUCGAGGAAAAUGUUGACGAAAACAACGCAUCAAAAAUGGAUGAGUUGCGAAGAAAACGCGAGGAGAGAAAGCUGCAGAGGCAACGUGAGAUGGAGGCUCGUAGGUCCGCGAGAGGCCAGGGGCCUAUGAAACUCGGGACCAAGAUCAACACUGCGCCCGCGCCCUUCUAGUACCGGCCCCCAGACCCCCACACAGACCCUAUUCAACCAAACCUUACACUCAAAAACGCUAUGUUCAAAUUACAUUUGCUUUUGAGUCGCGUUUGAAAUGUGUGAAAUAGAUUAUCGGCUGAUGCUGUGUUUGUAACUUAAUUUUAAACACGGCAAUUCUAAAGCGGGUGUUAUACGCUAGUGGCGCCAAUAGUUCCAAAGUUGGCCGCUCUCUAAGAAAACAAUUGAGUGUAUUCUGAAAUUUGGUUAGUAAAAGUCCAAUUAUAUUAAAUAAAUUCGAUUAAGUGGGAUCAUAAAUAUUCCUGGGAAACGUUAAUAAAAGUGUUAACGCGAUUUAAUAGAUAUAAAACCCUGUGAAAAUUAUUUACAUAUUCUCCAAAUAUGUUAUUUGCAUCGUAAAGAGUAAACGGAAUUUAAUUUAUAAUGCAUUCAAGUAGAUAAGGUUUUAUGUUAUUUAUUUCGAAAUAUAUCGCUUACGAUUUACUUAGAUUCAUAUUAAAAUUGUAUUAUUCACAUAUCUAAGGAUUAUUGUAUAUUUAAAGCUAUAGUAAUAGGCAGGUAUGAGUUACGUUGGUUUUUAAAGAAAUUUGGUGGAACGAUGUAAUGAUCAGUGAACUGUGCUACUUUUUAUAUUGACCUAAAAGUCAUUAAGAUGAAAUGUAUAGACUCCGUACAGCAAAAUGAAGAAUAAAGGCGAAUAAACAAUUCGAAUACAUUUCUUUUUGAUAAAUGAACCUAAAAACCCUCACAUUAGCUUUCAUACUGACGAUAUUUGUAUCUAAUUGCACGCUAAUUUGUUAUUUGGAAUAUUAAAAAAUAUUAAACAAU